ACAACGCUUCAUAUCCCUCUUACAAUUUUACCCACAUAAUUAUCCCUAAACAUCAACUCCACUCCACCCCAAAAUAUUUGAUAAUAAUAAUCUCUCUAAGAUCAAUCAAUGGCUGCUACUGCCGCAACGACGUCGGAUCUGGAAGGCAAGGCCAAGGGAGCUUUCAUCGACGACCACUUCGAACUAGCUGUUGACUUGUACACACAAGCCAUCGCUCUAAGUCCAAAUCAUCCCGAACUUUUCGCCGAUCGUGCUCAGGCCAAUAUUAAACUCCUUCAUUUCACUGAGGCUGUUGCUGAUGCGAACAGAGCAAUUGAAAUAGAUCCCUCUAUGGCUAAAGCAUAUUUGCGUAAAGGUAUUGCCUGUUUGAAGCUUGAAGAAUAUCAGACUGCUAAGGCUGCCUUGGAAAAGGGUGCAUCAUUGGCAUCAGGAGAUCCAAGAUUUGUUAAUCUGAUCAAAGAGUGUGAUGAGUGUAUCGCAGAGGAAAACAGUCUGCUAUCAGAACAGUCAGUGAUAACAUCCUCCACUGACAAUGUUGCAUCUGGAUCUGAUACAUUGGACAAAACUUUUCCUCCCAGUAGUAUGGAGCCAGGCAAUAACUUGUCUGAUCAGGCCAUCGAGGCAGAAUUACCCAAACCAAAAUACAGGCAUGAAUUUUAUCAGAAACCAGAGGAAGUGGUUGUGACUAUCUUUGCGAAGGGUGUACCAGCUAGUAGUGUUGAUAUUGAAUUCGGCGAGCAAAUAAUAAGUGUUACCAUAGAUUCAUCUGGUGAAGAUACAUACAUCUUUCAACCUCGCCUAUUUGGAAAGAUAGUUCCCGCAAAGUGCAAGUAUGAAGUACUAUCUACUAAGAUUGAAAUUCGCCUUGUUAAGGCUGAAGCUAUACACUGGACAUCUCUCGAGUACAGUAAGAACAAUGCAGUUCCUCAGAAGGCAUAUGUGCCAACUGGCGCUCAAAGACCUACUUACCCAACCUCUAAACCAAAAACAGUUGACUGGGACAAAUUGGAAGCUGAAGUUAAAAAGGAGGAAAAAGAAGAAAAGUUGGAUGGUGAUGCAGCGUUGAACAAAUUUUUCAGAGACAUAUACCAAGAUGCUGAUGAGGACACUAGAAGAGCUAUGAGAAAAUCUUUUGUCGAGUCAAAUGGGACGGUGCUUUCUACGAAUUGGAAAGAUGUGGGUUCUAAAAAAGUGGAGGGAAGUGCCCCAGAUGGCAUGGAGAUGAGGAGGUGGGAGUACUAGUAAUUGAGUAUCAAUGUUCUUGACCCCUUGUGCUCCUAUAAGCUUCGUCACUUCUUAUCUGUAUUUGAAUUAGUUGAUACCUAUAAUCUUUUCUGGAGUGAACUAAAGUUUUGUCUUCAGUUUCUUUGACCUGUAAACAUUUCUGUCCUGACUGUCUUCAUGAUCUUGCAAAUGUUUGGGGAAAUGGAAGUCUUGGAACUUUUCUUUCAA